AUGAAGAAACAGAAGAUUACAGCCUCUUCCUCCACGCCUACGCCAACCAUUGACCUGAAAUCUGUAAUCCGAUCCCACAGCCAAUUCUUCGACCACUUAGUUGAAUUGAUUCCAGCAAAAUUUUACCUCUCAAACGAUGAUGCAGAUUCCAAGCCCUGGUACCAGGGCCUCUCAAAAGCGGCCAAAGCCUCUCUGAAACAACAGUCCAGGAUAAACCUUAAAAUCGCCCGCCGUAACCGCCUUGACCCGGAGAGCAAGUCAUCCUCCUCCACUCUCCACCUACUGCAACAAAAGAUUAGGUCUGACCCAGAUGAACUAAAUCUGAAGGGUAGUUUUGGUGAUUUGGAAGAGGAUGGUGAUGCAGAGGAUACUCGGGGUAAGUCUAUUGAUUUGGAGGAGGGAGUUGAGAAUGUUAAUAGGAAUGAGUCUGUUACCUAUGAAGAGUUGCGGCAGAAAUUGCGGAGAAAGAUUGAGUUGUUGCGUGGCAAUCGAGGAGAAGGUGGAGGAAAAAAGGUUGAUGAUAAGGUGAAGAAUGAUGGAAAGAAGAGGAAGAGGGCUGAGAAUGAUGGGGAGGAGAGCGGCAAGUCCGGGAAUGUGAAUGUGAAUGAGGGGGAAGAUGAGGAGGAGAUUAUUGAAUAUGGGAAAGUGAAAUUAGGGGGUGAAGAGGAGGGGAAGAAUAAAAAGAAGAAGAAAAUGUCGAAGGUGAAGGAGUUGGAAAGAGCGAAGAGGUUGCAGGAGGUGAAGAGGGAGAACAUGGGUGUGGCUGAGAGGGAGUCAUGGAGGGCGGCAACCAGCCGAGCAAUGGGGGUGAAGGUGCAUGAUGAUGCACGAAUUAUCAAGGAGAGCAUAAAGAAGGAGAAGAGGAAGAAGGAGAAGAAUGCAGAGAAGUGGAAGGACAGGGUGGAGUCGCAAGAGAAGAUGAAGAAGGAGAGGCAACAAAAGAGGAAAGAUAAUAUCAUGGGGAGGAUUAAGGAGAAGAAGGCUAGGAAGAUUGCCAAGCGCGAGAAGAAGUUGAUGAGGCCUGGAUUUGAGGGACGAAAGGAGGGCUACAUUACUAAAGAUUGA